AUGCAUCUACAUGAAUUAUUGCAGUAUGCCGGUUGUUACGAAGGUCUGGUGACAGCGAUAAAGGAAGAAUGUGCAUUUGUUUGGUGUUUGACAUUAACUUUCAGUGAGGUUCUAUUUAUCAACGGUCCGUAUAAAGGCAUGAAAGUUGGGGAUUGGAUUCAGUUUAAUGUGCAGUAA